AUGACUGAUAACUUGCGAACUAUUAAAUGUGUUGUGGUUGGCGAUGGGGCCGUUGGGAAAACGUGCUUACUUAUAUCGUACACCACAAACAAAUUUCCGAUGGAUUAUGUUCCAACUGUCUUCGAUAACUAUGCUGUAACUGUUAUGGUUGGAGGGGAACCGUACACUUUGGGACUUUUUGACACAGCUGGGCAAGAAGAUUAUGACCGUUUGAGGCCCCUUAGUUAUCCUCAAACGGAUGUUUACCUUAUUUGCUUUUCUGUGGUCAACUCCACCUCUUUCGUGAACGUCGAGGAAAAGUGGGUCCCGGAAAUAAGACAUCACUCGCCCAAGGUUCCAUUCCUUCUUGUUGGAACACAAAUUGAUCUUCGCGAUGAAGGCGCUACAAUAACCCGCUUGCAUAACGACAAAGCGAAAAUGGUCAGUAGUGAUCAGGGUAAAAAACUCGCCGAACGUUUAAAAGCCGUCAAGUAUCAGGAGUGUUCAGCUCUUACCCAGAAAGGUUUGAAAGAUGUGUUCGACGAAGCUAUCCUUGCUGCUCUAAGACCUCCAACAGACCGUAAGAGCAAACGUUGUUGUCUACUGUGA